GAGCUGCCCUGUGUCCUUUCCAGCUCAGCAUGAUUAGGACAGUGGUAGCACUAGUUGCCUUGGCAUUGCUGGGCCUGUGCUGGUCCUUGGCUGCUGCCAGUCCUCUUCCUUCUGCCCAUGGGAAUGUUGCUAAAGGUGAAGGUGGGCCCAGUCCAGACUCUGAUGUAAUUGAACGUUGCUCAGAUGGCUGGAGCUUUGAUGCUACCACCCUGGAUCACAAUGGGAGCAUGCUGUUCUUUAAAGGGGAGUUCGUGUGGAGGAGUCACACAGGAACCCAGCAGUUAAUCUCAGAGAGGUGGAGUAAUAGCACCAGCUCAGUGGAUGCUGCAUUCCGUCAUGGUCCCAACAGUGUCUUCCUGAUCAAGGGAGACAAGAUCUGGGUGUACCCUCCUGAAAAGAAGGAAAAUGGAUAUCCAAAGUUGCUCCAAGAUGAAUUUCCUGGAAUCCCAUACCCACUGGAUGCAGCUGUGGAAUGCCACCGUGGAGAAUGCCAGGAUGAAGGCAUCCUCUUCUUCCAAGGUGAUCGCAAGUGGUUCUGGGACUUUGCUACAAGAACCAAAAAGGAGCGUUCCUGGCCAGCCGUUGGGAAUUGCACUGCAGCUUUGAGGUGGCUUGAACGCUACUACUGUUUCCAGGGUAACCAGUUCCUGCGCUUUGACCCUGUCACGGGAGAGGUGCCACCCAGAUACCCUCUGGAUGCCCGAGACUACUUCAUGUCCUGCCCUGGCAGAGGCCAUGGUAGACACAGGAAUGGAACUGGUCAUAGGAAUAGCACCCAUCCUGUGUAUUCACGCUGUGGCCCAGAUCUUGUCUUAUCUGCAUUGAUGUCUGACAGCCGUGGUGCCACCUAUGCCUUCAGUGAGUCCCACUACUGGCGUCUGGACAGCAGUCGUGAUGGGUGGCAUAGUUGGCCUAUUGCUCACCAAUGGCCCCAGGGUCCUUCAAAAGUCGAUGCCGCCUUUUCCUGGGAGGAUAAAACCUAUCUGAUCCAGGGCACCCAGGUAUAUGUCUUCCUGACAAAGGGAGGCAACACUCUAGUAAGUGGUUAUCCAAAGCGGCUGGAGAAGGAACUUGGGAGCCCUCAUGGGAUCAGCCUUCAGACUGUGGAUGCAGCUUUUACCUGCCCUGGCUCCUCCCAGCUCUACAUCAUGGCAGAGCGUCGGCUGUGGUGGCUGGACCUGAAGUCAGGAGCUCAAGCAAUAUGGACAGAGCUUUCUUGGCCCCAUGAGAAAGUUGAUGGGGCCCUGUGUAUGGAAAAGUCCCUUGGCCCCAACUCAUGUUCUGCCAAUGGUCCCAGCUUGUACAUUGUCCAUGGCCCCAAUUUGUACUGCUACAGCAAUAUAGAGAAACUGAAUGUGGCCAAGACCCUUCCUCAGCCCCAGAAAGUAACUGUCCUCCUUGGCUGCAGCCACUGACGAGCCCUGACAGGAAUCGACAUAGCCCAGCCCACCUCCCCAUUUUCCUCCCAAUAAAGCCAGAUUGACUCUUCAUAUGAACCUUG